UCACGGGCUGUGUUGAGUCUGUGGGGACCAAGCACGUCAGCACGACUUCCUCGUUCCUAUUCAAUGGCGUUGGACGAACUUGGGUUCAAGAAGGCCUUCUUAAUUUUAAGUUAUGCUGGAAAGGUGAGGCUGGAAGCUGUGAUCCAAGCUGAGGACAUUCAUAAAUUCAAGAACUCCCCAAAUGCUAGAUUUGAGUCCGACGUUUGGCAAAGUAUUGGUCUACGUUGUAUCGAGGAGAAAGACAGGAGAAAGAAUUUUGAUUUAGACCAUGGAGGAGCAUUCUUGUAUUAUUGUCUGGUUGAUUCAAAAGGGAAUUACAGCUUUAAGGGCCCAUAUUAUGAUAAACGGAGAACUCAUCUUCAGAAGGUCUUAGGUGAUGAUAAUGUACUGCUGGUCAAGUUUUCUGAAGAGGAAGCAAACAGAAAUGUUUCAACUAUCAGUUCUUGCACGUCUAUUUACAAAAAAAUUGCAGAAGAAGGAAUUUUUGUUGGUCUGCGCCACUACCGUUUCUUUGUCUUCAAGGAUGGAGGCAAAGCGGAAAAGAAAAAGGAUCCGACAUCAUCUCGUGUGAAGUGUCAUUUUGUUUGUAUGGAGUCCAAUGACUUUGUAGACAGGAUGAAACCGUAUCCUUUAUAUUGUAAAUCUGUUCAUGAUGCACGCUGUGUGUUUAUGCAUGUACACACAGUCAACAGUCUAGUGGGUUAUAUGAAGAGGUUCUCCCUUAUUUUAUCAAAAACUAUCAAGCUAGAUGUAGAUUUUGCAUCCUUGAAUAUUCAAACGAUUGGAGAUGAACCUUGCCGGGAUGAAUAUGGUGUUGCUGUUCAUGAUGAAGGUGGGAAACUUCUUGUACAUACUGAUGGAACUGGUUUUAUAUCUGAAGACUUGGCUUUGAAAUGUCCGAGGAAUAUAUUUAAAGGGACUUUCCAGAAUAAUGGCAACACUGAGGAAACUGUAGGACUCACUGAACUUGAGCAGAUAUUUGGACUGACAAAAUCUAAUAUUGAGGAACCGCCUCUACUAAUGCAGGUCCGUUUGUUCUACAAUGGUUGUGCUGCCAAGGGAACCCUUCUUAUAAAAAAAAAUCUUCCUCCUGGAACAAUUCAGAUACGGCACUCAAUGAUAAAAGUUGAGCAAGAUAAAGAACUUCAAAUACCAUUUGCCAACAGUUUGGAGCUUGUUUCUACAAGUAAUCGUCCCAGAAAAGCAUUUUUAUCAAGAGCUUUAAUUGCUCAUCUUAACUAUGGAGGGGUCCCAAACGAAUAUUUUUUGGAACUUCUAAUGAAUGCUUUAGAGGAUGCUCAAAACAUUCACUCCAAUAAACGUGCUGCAUUAAGAGUUGCGCUCAAUUAUGGAGAUAUGGAUGACCUUCUUGCAGCAAGGAUGAUUUUAUGUGGAAUGCCCCUAGAUGAACCUUUUUUAUAUCGUCAUUUGUCAGUGCUGGCAAAAGAAGAGAAGAAGGGGCUCAAGGGAGGAAAACUUCCUAUCAGUGAGUGUUAUAAUGUGAUGGGAACAGCUGAUCCUACUGGGAUUCUGAAGAGGGAUGAAGUUUGUGUCAUUCUUGACAGUGGGCCAAUGUCCGGGAAAGUCUUGGUGUACAGGCACCCUGGUCUCCACUUAGGGGAUAUACAUGUCUUAACUGCCACCUAUGUUGGGCAGAUUGUAAACAUUGUUGGAAAUGCCAAAUAUGGUAUUUUCUUUUCUACUCAAGGAUCAAGAUCAGUAGCAGAUGAAAUGGCAGGCGGCGAUUUUGAUGGCGACAUGUAUUGGGUGUCAAGAAACCCUAAGCUACUACAAUGUUUCAGACCAAGUGAACCCUGGACAAGCACUUACGCAGCAAAAGGCACAGGACUCCAGAAACCAACUGAUUUUUCUCCUGAGGAAUUGGAGAGAAAGCUUUUUCAGCAAUUCUUAGAUAUUCGCUUUCAACCGAGUCAUGCUGCUGGUAUAGCAUCAGACAGCUGGUUAUCUUUUAUGGAUCGUCUACUGGUUUUAGGAGAUGAAUGUGUGGAGGAAAAAGAAUGUCUGAAGAAGAAGAUGCUUCAGUUAAUUGAUAUAUAUUAUGAUGCCUUGGAUGCACCAAGGACCGGAAUUAAGGUGGAAAUCCCAAAUGAACUGAAGGCUUCAAAAUUUCCACAUUUCAUGGAAAGGACAAAUGGGUAUACUUCAACUUCUAUAUUGGGGUUGAUUUAUGACAAGGUGGAUUUGUUACAAACUGAAGGUCUUACAUCAACAGAAGUAUGGAAGCUUCCUUGUUUUGAUGUUGUAGUUCCUCCAACCUGCUUGGUUCAAUGGGACAUGCUUUAUCGGCAAUAUAGAAAUGACAUGUGUAAUGCCUUGCAAAAUAAACCCAAAAACUUGUCUGAAUCAGGUCAGAAAAAGCAAAGCUCCAAAUCCGAACUUGCAGAUGAGGUUAUAGAAAAAUAUAAGAAGGAAUUAUAUCAUGCUCCAGAAUUCAGAUCAAGUAAAAGGAAUGAGGAAGAGAUCUUCAAUGAUGCUCUUGCUAUUUACCAUCUAGCUUAUGCUUAUGCAAAGCAAAUGAAUGAUGCUGCCAAGUGUAACGUCGUUUGGAAAAUUGCUGGUCAAGCUCUUUGUAAGAUUUACCUUAAAAAGCAGAAUGAUGAACCAAUUUUGUGUUCAAAAUCUGUUCUACGCGAGGUCUUGAACUAGCCCCAAUCUUAUCACAUGAAAAUUGUAAAUAUGAAUAUCUCAUCUGAUUGGAAGAUUAGUUUUUCUAUCUUUC